AUGCCCAAAGUCCGACGAAAGCGACGAUCAACAACACCGAAAACAAAUCCAUUGAGUCGACCAAAGAAGACUUUAGCAAAAGAGAUACCAACUCAGGAACGACCAACAAAGCCAGUUUAUUUUGACAUAACUGCCGACCCAACUAAUUCAAUUAAAUCCAAAUCAACAGGCAAUUUUAUUAAAAUAGGUAAACCACCACGCAAUUUAAAAAUUCCCAAUAGUUGGGAUGUAAAACCAGGAGACGUUAUCUCAUGGAGUGAAGGACGGCCAACAGAGACGUUUUUUGUUACUUCGGAAGGAACACUUCUGAAAAAUCCCGAUACAUCAGGUUCAGGUUACUUAACAUUUCCACUCUCAAUAACUUCGCAAUUUUCUGAUGUACUCGAUUCGUAUUCAACUGUUUUGGACGCUGUUGGGCGGAAUAAUGUUUCAUCUAUUGAACUUCUCCCUACAGACGCAUUCUUUGCGGCACAUUUUGCCAAACAACCAUUACCAGCAUCAAUUCGAAAUCGGACUGAUAUCAAAUAUUCAUUUGAGCCCAAUGAUGAAAUUCUUUUUGUAACAUUACCAAACAGUCCUGAUGAAUGUCGAGAAUUUGCGUUAAAUUCAGCUAAACUCGAUGACAUAAUUCAAUAUAUUUCCAAUGAGAAUGAAAGCAAAGGACAACUGGUCGUUAAAUUCAAUUUCGAAGGUAAACCGACAUGUAGCAAAGCGCCACGCGGCAUCGUAUCUGGUUUACCAACUGGUUGGCAAUGUCAACAACAAGGUUCCUUAAUGUUUGGCGAAACGAAAAUUCAAGGCGAAUGGAUUUGUCAAGGACCUGAUAAAUCGAAAGAUAAAGCUCGAAAAGCGAUUGAAAAAUUUUAUAAAGGACUUAAUGUAGAAAUAAAAUAA